CAUAGUAUUUAAAUAAGGUACAUACAUAGUAUAUAGUAUAUGGUAUGAUAUGUGUGAGAGAGUAUAGAAAACAAAGAGACAACUUUUCCUUUAUUUUUUUUCUUCUCUUCUCUCUCUCUCACUUCCUUGCCUUCAGUUAAAGACUAAAAAGUAGAGCAAAUUCUGGUGUUUUAUUCCUUGUUUAAAGCACCUUAGUUUAUAUCUAUCUAUCUACCACCCUCAAUCUUAUUAUUCUAACAACAGUUUCUUCUUUUUCUUCCAUCACUUUUCUUGAAAAUUUGAGCUUUGAAGUUUGAUCUAAUAUAUCUUGGGGUGAUUAUGCUCAGUGGUGUUAGACUACUAUUUCAUAGUACAAGAAUUUCAUUUCAACAAGACCUUAUAAUAUCAAUAAAGUUUCAUCCUAAGAGAUAGCAUCACAAAUUAAAGAAGAUGAUGAAUAAUAAGAUGAGCAACGUUAGUAGCUCUGAUCUCAUAGAUUCUAAGCUUGAAGAGCAUCAGUCGUGUGGAUCCAAACACUGUCCUCGCUGCGGACACAAGUUCGAUCAAGGAAAGCCGGAUUGGCUAGGUCUACCAGCAGGAGUGAAAUUUGAUCCAACAGAUCAAGAACUCAUUGAACAUCUUGAAGCUAAAGUUGAAUCAAAGAACAUGAAAUCACACCCUUUGAUAGAUGAAUUCAUUCUCACUAUUGAAGGAGAAGAUGGAAUUUGUUACACCCAUCCUGAAAAACUUCCAGGAGUGACAAGAGAUGGAUUAAGCAGACACUUUUUCCAUAGACCAUCAAAGGCAUAUACAACAGGAACAAGAAAGAGAAGAAAGAUUCAAACUGAAGAAUGUGACUUACAAGGAACAUCAUCAGGAGGAGAAACAAGAUGGCAUAAAACUGGUAAGACAAGACCUGUUAUGGUUAAUGGAAAACAAAAAGGUUGCAAGAAAAUUCUUGUCCUCUACACUAAUUUCGGGAAGAAUCGAAAACCGGAGAAGACGAAUUGGGUGAUGCAUCAAUAUCAUUUAGGACAACAUGAAGAAGAGAAAGAAGGAGAACUUGUUGUUUCAAAGAUAUUUUAUCAGACACAACCAAGACAGUGUAAUUGGUCUGAUAAUAAUAAUAAUCAUAGGAUUGGUGCAACAAUAGCAACAACUGGUGAAGGAAGUGGUGGAGGAGAAGCUAGUAAUAAUUAUGGAAGAAGAGAUAGUGGAAGUGGAAGUUCUUCUUCUAAGGAAAUUGUUACUCAUAAUCAUAGUCAUGGUGGUCACAUUCAUAGAGAUGAAAUGUCUGCUGUUGUUGGUGUUAAUCCUUUAACAAGCUUCACAAAUGCUGCCUUGGAUAUUCAACACCUUAAAUCCGAUCAUUUCGGCUUCCUCCCGUUUCGAAAAAGCACAUUCGAUGAGGUUGGAAUAGGAGAGGGUUCUUCAGCAAGAGAAAUGCAAGCAUCAGGAGGGUCAUGUGAUCAAGAGCAGCAGCAGCAGCAUGUAGUAGUACAUCAUCAUCAUCAUCAACAACAACAUCAACAACAACAGCAUCAACAUCAACAUCAUCAACAACAUGAGAUUCAUGCACAUCAACAGAUUAAUGCAAACACAGCUUUCCAUAUAAGUAGGCCUUCAAAUCCAAUCUCAACUAUUAUAUCUCCACCUCCACUUCACCAUACUACAUCCAUCAUCCUUGAUGAUAAUUCUUAUCAUGUCUCAACAAUUAUGCUCCAACAAAAUGAAAAUUUUCAGCAACAUCAACAACAACAUCAUAAAUUAGGUGGUGGAAGGUCUGCGUCUGGUUUAGAGGAAGUCAUUAUGGGGUGCACUUCAACGUCGUCUGAUACUAUCAAAGAGGAAUCAUCUAUUAGAAACCAACAAGAAGCUGAGUGGUUGAAAUACUCUUCUUACUGGCCAGUUGACCCUCAUGACAACCCCAACCAUCAUCAUGGUUAGAACAAAAAUAUUUUGAGACAAAUAAACAACAAAAAACCACAAAAACAAAGACACCAUCAUUUUCAUAUCAUCAUUCAUCCUUCAACUAUACCUCAACCCACUUUCCAAAAAAACCAAAACUACUCAUCAUCACCAUCAUCAUCAUCAUCAUCAUCAUAUCCAUUGAUCCAUCCUUAGUUAUUUUGGUCCUUUUUUUUUCUAUCUUUUCCCGUUUAUGAAAUUGGGUGUGUGCAAUGGAACAAAGUUUUGGAAAGAAAGUGACAAAGAACAAAGGGGAAAAGAAAGAAAAAUCAAAGAAGAAAAAAGAAAAAGAAAAGAAACUCAAGCAAAGCUGCUCUACCUCGUGACAUCACAUUGAGAGGGAGAACGACCUAAGACUCAAAGUUAUAUCUCUUGCAUGAAAAUCAUCACUAGUACAUUAAUAUAUAUUAUUAUAAUAAUAUAAUAUAUAUCAUAUUAUUCAUAUUAUUUUAUUAUUACUAUUAUUAUAAUAUAAGUUCAUUUUUGUUUUGUUUUUCACAUAAAAAAUAUAUAUAUACCAACAAGUUUGUGCAUAUUGUAAAACAUAUGUUGUUUGUCCUUUUCGUGUGUUCAUUAUGUAUUCAAACAUUUUGUACUAUUAUUUACAGCAUAUAUAUAAGAUAAGAUGACAUUUUUGCAUCAAAACAAGUUCAAGUGGUGCAACAAAUUUUGUGGCAAGUGAU